GGGUGGAAGGAUUUCAUAUCGGGCGAGGGAUUUCGAUAAAGCUUUUGCAACCGUCCAGCUGACUGCACGAAGGGGAGGAAGCCGGCAGCGAUGGACAAGCUCAUGAUUGACAAGUUUAAGAACGCCCUGGAUGAUGCGAAGGGGUUGGUCAAAUCGAAAAUGGGCACGGACACAGAAAAGAAGCUGGAGGAAGCACUGUCGAACAAGAACUGGGGCGCGUCAAGCACGCUCCUGAAUGAAAUUGCCCAACUUACCUUCGAGUACGAAUCCUACAACCUCGUGAUGAAAAAAGUGUGGGAAGCCAUGGAUGCGGAAGGGCGUCAAUGGCGCACUGUAUUCAAGGCACUUGCUCUCCUUGAUCACUUGAUCAAGAACGGCACGGAGCGCGUCGUUGAAAACGCGCGGGAUCACAUGUUCAAGCUCCGCACGUUGUCCGACUUCAACUACUACGAUGGUUCAGCCGACAAGGGCGCGGGCGUGCGGGAAAAGGUGAAGCAAAUUCUCGACAUGCUCAACGACAACGACCGCAUUCGUGACGAACGCGAGAAAGCAAAGAGGCUGCGAGAUAAGUACAUUGGUGUCGGCUCGUCCGGCAACAUUGGAGGGUAUUCUGGCGGCGGCUACGGUGGUCAAGGCGGGUAUGGCAAUUCAAGUGGCUCGGGGGGCUAUGGUGGUUCCAGUGGCGGGUACGGGAAUGAAUCCGGCGGGUAUGGCGGCAACUCCGGUGGCUACGGCGGCAACUCUGGCGGGUAUGGCGGCAACUCCGGUGGCUAUGGCGGCAACUCGAGUGGUUAUGGCAAUGACUCCGGUGGGUACGGUGGCAGCUCGGGCGGCUUUGGCAACGACCGGACAGGGAGCCGCGAUCGAUACGACCAAGACAAUUCGCACGGGAACAGCCGCACGUCGAGCCGCGACAAGUAUUCGUCCAAGCAAGCUCCAGCUGACGACGCUGAAUCGGAGGAAGAGACCAAGCCCAAGCCUCGCCGAUCUUCGAAGACAAAGAGAGCAACGAAGAAGGAAGAAGCGGCUCCUGCUGGUGACGACGACGAGCCCGUGCGCGUACCAUCCAACGCGCCUUCCCUCCUCGAUCAAGACUUUUUCGGGGGAGCUCCUGCCGCCCCAAUUGCCCAACCUCCUGCUUCACUGACUACAUUUGACCCGUUUGCUCCGGCGCCUGCCGCCCCACAACCCCAAACUACCGCCGGUGCGUAUGGCAACUUUGGUGGCCCGGUCCCCGCGCCAGCCAUGUCUGCUUUCAAUGCUUUCCCGCCGCAGCCACAAGGCAACUUUUCUGCGCCACCGCCGCAAAUGGGCGGUGGCUUGAACCAAUUUAACGCAGGGUUCGGUGGUGGGUUCCCUCCACAGGGCCAGCAACCUGCAACCCAAGCGUUUGGUGGUCAGUAUGGAAGCCAGUCUGGCAUCAGCGCCGGUGGAUUCGCCGCGCCACCUGCUCCUGUGAAUGCUGCGCAAUAUGGUUCGCAGCCGAUGGCCAACCCUGCGCAGUACAGCUCGCAAACGAAGGCUACCACGGCAACUGCACCGAAAUCGAACGAUGCAUGGGGCGCGGGCUCCAACUUGUUCGAUCUGUCAAACUUGGGUCAGUCGCUGCCUUCAGCUGGAGCAAAACCCGGACCUGGCGGGGCUCCAGGACUCGCGACUCAAAACAGCUUCCAAGGCCUAGACACGUUGGCAGGCUUGCCAAACAAGCCCCGUCCGGCGGGAGGCGCACCAGGGCCGCUCUAUCCUGCUACGCAGCAACCGCCGUAUGGUCAACCUCAGUACGGUCACCUGCAGCAGCAGUUUGGUCAACCACAGCAAUAUGGCCAGCCGCAGUACGGCGGCCAGCCCCAGCAACAGUACGGGCAGCCUCAGUACGGGCAGCCUCCAUACGGCCAACCCCAGCAACAAUACGGGCAACCACAGCAGCAGUUUGGUGGGAACGGUGGCUUCCGCCAGUUCUAGUGGCGGCGUAUUUAGGCUGAUGCGAAGAUGACAAAUAUACCCUUCGUGUGGAUGGAUCGUCCUUGAAAUCGGGUUGAAUUGUGAACAUAGUGUACACCGGAGGACAGGCUAGACGCUCAACUACAUGCGGCAAAGUUGCCUCUGCCGUGAUCCAGGAGCUGGAAUCCGUACGCAUCCCGGUGAAACUCCGCCAGUUUUUGAGCGUUGUUUGGCGUCGGAUCGUUUGGUUGGGUUUCGCCAGCGGGGUCCAUCGCAACGUCGUCGUUGUCGGGCUCUGCAAAGUUGUCGUCGGACAUGAAGCUGCUCUUGCGCUUUCGCAGCCCUUCUUUGAACUGGUGGUGGCCGGACGGACACGAUGAUGAUGAUGAUGCCGACUGCGAACCACCUCGCGCUGUAUUCCUGACGUCCAUGGCGUCAACGUACAUGAUGUGGCAACUCGUGUUGUCGAGGACCGUUUGUUUCUGUCGCGUUUUCAAGUGGUGUCGCAACAAGUCCUUGGGCUGCGGGGAUGUGGGCGGUGUCGUCGGUUGGACGAAUGUGAGGCUGGCAUAAUGCACGGAGGGCGCUGUUUCGCCGUUGUUUGGCAUGCGAGCCGAGCGGGUUCGUUCGAAUCCGAUGCUGUUGAGUUGCUUUCGCAGGAGCGAGACCGAGUACUCCUCGGAUGGCACCAUCAAGAUGACGUCGUCGUCGCCGCGAUUGCACUGGACGUUCAAGGCAGGAGAGGAAGCGAAGACAGCGGCAGUUGGCAUCGCGUCACUACUCGAGGUUGUAGCAGUGGCGAUGGCGGCAGGUCUGACCAUGCCGUCGCCAGUUCGUUCCUGUGGUCGCUGGAGCCCCAGAUCUCGGUGAAAGGUCG